UUUCUAUGCAGUUUGAAUUGUUUACCUGAUGGUCGCGCCACAUGUCGGUCUGUACCUGGACUUUCAAAAAAUCAAUUAGAACUUUGCUAUAAGGCGAGUGACGUAGCAGUCGUAGCACUAGAAGGUCUUGACAUCGCUAUUAAGGAAUGUCAAAUACAGUUCCAAUGGCAUCGCUGGAACUGCUCCUCGCUAAGUGUUAAAAAUCGAAAUCCCCAUGCUUCUAAUUUAUUGAAAAAAGGCUAUCGAGAAAGCGCUUUCGCAUUUGCUAUAUCUGCAGCUGGAGUUGCUCAUAGUGUGGCUCGCGCUUGUAGUCAAGGACGUCUCAUGUCUUGCGGAUGUGAUCCUUCAGUAAAUCGUAAAGCGUUAAAUAGAAAUCUACGGCAGAGUCUAGAAAAGGAAAAAAAAAUCUUCUUAAAAUAUUUGGAAAUAAAUCAAAUUCUUACAAACAAAGAGGAAAAAAAAUAUGAGAGAGCCAAAGCCAAAAGUCGUUGGAAAUGGGGAGGCUGUUCACAUAAUAUGGAUUUUGGUGUAGAAUUUUCAAAACUCUUUCUGGAUUGUAGAGAGAAAGCUGGCGAUAUACAAUCAAAAAUUAAUUUACACAACAACAAUGCUGGACGUAUGGCUGUUUCGAGUAAUAUGGAGUUACGCUGCAAAUGUCACGGAAUGUCUGGUAGUUGUCAAUUAAAGACUUGCUGGAAAUCUGCACCAGUAUUUCAUGUAGUAGGAAAAAUAAUAAAACAUCAGUUCCGGCGGGCAAUUCUAGUCGAUCAGUCAAAUCUGGGUAAUGGCGAACCUAUUGUAGUUCUUAAGCGUUCUCCCAAAUUAAUAAAUGCGGCAACGAGCUCUGAACAAAAUAGAAAGCAACAUGAACGACUAUUGAGGCGUAUUACUAAACUAAAAUCUGCUAUGCGAUCAGCUCGUAAAUUGAAAGCAUCUCUUUUUUAUUACCAAAGAUCACCUGACUUUUGUGAACGUGAUUUGAACGCAGAUAUUCAAGGUACCGUAGGACGUAAAUGCAAUCGAAGCAGCUUGGUGAGUAACGGCUGUACGUCACUUUGCUGUGGACGAGGUUAUUCUUUAAUAAAAGAGAGAAAAGCCGAGCGCUGUAACUGCAAAUUUCAUUGGUGUUGCCGGGUUGAAUGCGAACAAUGUCAUUUGGAAGAAUGGAUCAGCGUCUGUAAUUAAUUAUGAGCACAGUUAUAGAGAUACUUGCGAUAUACGAUAUACAUUUAAAUUUUAGAUAAUAUCAAUAUCAUAAACAAACAUAAAAAUAAAUAACUUAUAUUCAAUUAUACCAUAUUAAAAUAUACAGUAUGUAGUUCUGCUUAAUACCUCCA